CUGGUCAAACUGCUUUUGGAUUCCGAUUUCGCUUGCUCAUGUUCGUUCUGUUUAUCCGGGUUAGUUGCAAAAAGUCUUUAAAACAGAAAAAUUAACAGUAGAACAGUAUUUAAGUAAUUACUCCUAUUACUGUUUCAGUACUGUAACGAAUUUAAUUUCGAUCAUCAUGGAUCAAAACAUGGACAUAAAUGCGUUUGAGGGUCGCAUCGUCAAGAUGGAAGUGGACUACUCGGUCACUUGCGAUGAAAAGAUCCCCCUGUGCAAGGAGAUGGCCAAGACCGAGAGCAAAUUCAACGAGGCGUUGGAAACGUUGCUUCAGCUGGAAAAACAGACUCGAAUCGGUGCCGACAUGGUGUCCAGUUCCAGGGUUCUGAUAGCAAUUGUGCAAAUUUGCUUCGAGGCUGGUAACUGGAACUAUUUGAAUGAGUAUAUCACGAUCCUGGUGAAGCGUCGCUCCCAGUCGAAACAAGCCGUGGCCAAAAUGGUGCAGGAAUGCUGUACCUACGUGGACAAAACGCCCGACAAGGAAACCAAGCUUAAGCUCAUCGACACGCUGCGGACGGUGACCGAAGGCAAGAUCUACGUCGAGGUUGAGCGAGCGCGACUGACGAAGAUGUUGGCCGACAUCAAGGAAAGCGAUGGGGACGUUACGGGCGCGGCGUCCAUUAUGGAGGAACUGCAGGUGGAGACAUACGGCUCGAUGAAUAAGCGAGAAAAGGUCGAGCUGAUCCUGGAACAGAUGCGGCUGUGCUUGGCCAAGCAGGACUUUGUCCGAACCCAGAUCAUCGCCAAGAAGAUUAGCAUCAAAUUUUUCAACGAUGCCGAGCAGCAAGAUCUGAAGCUGAAGUAUUACGAUCUGAUGAUUCGCUUGGACAAGGAUUCGUCUUUCAUUAAGACUUCGAGGCAUUAUUUGGCGGUGGUUGAUUCGGAGCUAAUUGCGAAGGAAACCGAGAGGCGUCAGAAGAUGAUGAUCUACGCCGUGUUGUACUGCAUUUUGUCCCCAUAUGAUAAUGAGCAGGUUGACAUGAUGCAUAAUUUAUCUAAGAACAAACUGCUGGAAGAGCUACCCGUGUACAAGGAACUGCUUCGUCUGUUCAUGUGCAAGGAGUUAAUCAAUUUUGACGCCCUAUGUACCGUAUACGGUGCCGAACUGAACACGCUCGACAUCUUCAACCAAGAGUCGACCCACGGCAAAAAGUGCUGGGCCGAACUGAAGAACCGCCUAAUCGAGCAUAAUGUGCGCAUCAUCUCCAACUACUACACCCGCAUCAACCUGAAACGCAUGGCCGAGCUGCUGGAUCUGAGCGAAGGCGAGUGUGAGGAGUAUCUCUCUCGGAUGGUCAAUGCCGGCACGUUGACGGUGAAGACUGAUCGCCCGGCCGGAAUCAUCCACUUCUCGACCAAGAAGGCCGCUUCGGAAAUCCUGAACGAUUGGGCCUUCGGACUGAACGAACUGAUGAAUCUGGUGAACAAGACGUGCCACCUGAUCAACAAGGAGGAGUGCAUCAACAACGUGAUGCCGGCCCCGACUGUCACGUCGUCCUAAUUCGCUUGAAAUUGAUAAUGCAUUAGGGUUAGCUAGAACUGUUGCACUGAGCAGUAUGAUAAUUUGAGUACAUAAAGCUUCUGAUCAUUAUAUGUAUAUAAAA